AUGGCUCACCACGACGUCCUCGGCGCUGUCAUCCUCGCUCGUAACGGCGACCGUACUCAGUGCUUCCAGCACCCCAUCACCCAGAAGCCGGGGCCUACCCGUAGUACCCCGCUCGGUGAGGUUCAAGCGCAUCAGCUUGGUCAAUACCUUCGCGGCAUCUAUCUUGAUCCAUCGUCCUCAUCACACAUCCGCGGUAUUCACUCCGACCUCGUUGAUCUCACCGAGGUCGCCGUCCGCGUCAAGGUCGGUGGCGAGGGCGCCGCGGUCUUCGACUCCGCCACCGCGCUCCUCCAGGGCCUCUUUCCCCCGAACCCGGACAACAGGAUCACGCUCGCGAACGAGACGACGGUCGUCGCGCCCCUCGGGGGCUACCAGUACGUUCCUGUUGAGACUGUGGAGCCCAGCAACGACCGCUCUCUCGAGCCGUGGACAGACUGUCCGGCGUUCCAGAACCAUGUCCAGAAGAUGUACGCAUCGUCCGAAUUCAAGGAGGCUUCAAAGGCUGCCCAGCCUUUCUUCCAUGCGCUCAGAGACUUCGCGUUUGGCCAGGAGCUUACCCUCGAGAACGCGUACAACGUUUGGGACUUCGUUCAGGCGGGAUUGAUUCACAACAAGACGUACGCUCACCGCCUGCCGCCCACGUUUAUUGAGCAGGCGCGUGGCUUUGCCAACCUGCGCGAGGAUCUGGUCUACUCCGACAAGCAAAUGGGUGGUAUCGGAAACAUUGCCAGCAGGACCGCCCUCAGCUCGAUCCUCAAGGCCCUGCAGCGCAUUGCUUUCAACGGCGACCCGCUCCAACUGAUGGUCAUCCAGACGACAUACCAGCCUUUCAUCUCGUUCUUUCACCAGACCGAGGUCGUGAAGUCCCACCCCGAGCUUGCAGCCAUACCCGACUUCGGCUCCGCGCUCGCGAUCGAGCUCCGCCGCGGUCCCCCUCCGGACGCUCGCGACUUCCUCCGCUUCAAGUUCCGUAACGGCACGACCGACGACUUCGAGACGAUCCACGUGUUCAAGCACCGCGAGGAUAUUCCGCUCACCGAGUUCAUCUACCGUCUCGAGAAUUCAGUCAUCAACAGCAAUCGCGAGUGGGCGCAGGCAUGCAGCGCGUCGUCCUCGACCGUCCAGGCGGCCUGGACGAAACUUGGGCUCCCCGAAGGCGCGACGACCGGCAAUGCGACCGCUGACGCUGCUGUCGGCUUCGUUCUUGCGUGCGUGAUGUUCCUCGGGUUGUUCUUUGCUGCGAAGUUCGUUCGUGGCAGGAGGGCCGUGCGCCUUCGCGGUCCCGAGGAGAGCCUCUCGUCCGUCCCUUCCGAGAACGUUGUUCAGGGUCGCGAUGGCAAGGCAGCUACUCGCUACUAA